AUGGUUACUGAUUUCAGUCUCAUUGUCAAAUGGGACAAAUCCGAGCCGGUCAUUCUCGAAUUUGCAACUAUCAUUUGCAAAUUGGCAGCGAAACAGAGUUGGGUGGUGUGCAAUGGGAUUUCCGGACAGUUUAAAGAUGAAUUUUUCUACGUAUUCCGACGUAUGUCCGAUGAAAGCCCAUCCAGAAUUUGUGGUCUUUUGCUAAAUGAAUGCGCCGAUCCCGAUGAUAUCACAGAGGCAGGAUGGGAAGUUGAGUUGCCACCGAAACCUAGCCCUGAAUUGUUGGAGCUGAUUGAAGAACGGAGGCCAAAGCAUACGGUGAAAAAUGGCUCUAGUCGACAUCUUCGAGUUCUGCAGCUUUCUGAUUUACAUGUUGAUUUUGAGUAUGUGCCUGGUUCGGAGGCAGAUUGUGAUCUACCGGUCUGUUGCAGACAGGAAACUCAUCCUAGCAAAGCAGCUGGCUAUUGGGGAAUUGUUGGGAAAUGCGAUAUACCCUACCGAACAUUUGAAAAUAUGCUGCAGCAUAUCAAUGCUACGCAUGAGAUCGACUACAUAAUGAUGUCUGGAGAUUUCAUAAAUCACUUCGAUUGGUCAUAUAGUGUGGAAACUCACGUCGCAGCGCUAAAGAAUUUGAGUUCAUUGAUUCGUCAUUACUUUCCUGUGACCCCUACUUACUGGGCCAUUGGAAAUCAUGAGGGAGUGCCGGUCAAUAGCUUUGCCCCACAUUUCGUCGACGAACGCUUCUGGCCGAUAUGGCUCUACGAAGAAUUUGAGAAGAUGAGCUCUCCUUGGCUCACAUCGGAUGCGUCAAAAGCGGUGCUCUAUCGUGGAUCUUAUGCCGUACAAGUGACUGAAGGAUUGCGUUUAAUCUCUCUCAAUUCGGGAUUUUGUGAGACGACAAAUUUCUUUUUGUACUUGAACCAAAGUGAUCCUGACGGAACGAUGACAUGGUUUGUAGCUGAGCUGUUCAAGGCAGAAAUAGCCGGCGAUUCUGUACAUGUGCUUUCGCAUAUUCCCCCUGGCGAUGGAGAAUGCUUGGAAGGCUGGUCCCGCAACUACUAUAGAAUUGUUCAAAGAUUUGCAAACACUAUCACGGGACAAUUUUUCGGCCACGUUCACACCGACUACUUUACAGUUUUCUAUGAAGACAUGCACGAUACUUCAUCUACUCCUAUCGGGGUACUGUACGCGACGCCAAGUGCCACUACCUUUGCAAAUCUGAAUCCAGCGUACCGUAUCUAUGAAGUGGAUUACACUGAUAGAUUUAAAGUUGCGGACAUCAAGAAUUAUUAUGCCGACGUUUCGAAAGCUAACGAAACGCAUCCACCAAACUGGAAAAUGAUGUAUUCAGCGAAGGCUGAGUACAACUUACCAGAUUUAUCACCUGCAAGCUGGAAUAAAUUGAUCAAAUCCAUCUAUACACACAAAAAUGUGACGAAGAGAUUUGUCAGGAACGCCUUCAGAGUGAAGGAUCCCGAAUGUGAUGGACUUUGUCAAAGUGAAUUACUUUGUUCAUUGAGAAUGGGUCACCAUAACGCCUCUCUGUAUUGUCCGGAGAACAGAGUCCUGCCAAGAAUUUCAAAAAUCGAUUUUGAACGUAUCAUUUUUCCAAAAGGGAGCUGGCUGCCACCGGAACGGACACAAUGGGAUUUUUCGAAAUUUCAGGCAGUGAUCAAGAGAUAUCCCAAAUUGAUCCACAACUCCGCAUUCUCUCUCCGUGCAACCGUAAAAGGAAGGACUGGGAGUGGGUCUGCAUAG